AUGUUACUAUGGGACCGACAAGACUGUAUCCCCCUGAGAAGAAUUCUAUCGGAAGACGACAUAAUCGUCCUGCUCACGCCUGUUGUUGUUCCUCACAAUAGAUUCGCAGACAACGACAAGGAUCCCUUCGAACCGUUGGGCCGUGCCAUUGCUUCGCGGCACUCAUUGGUCCGCCAUGUGCCAUAUACGAAAAGAGGCGGCAUCACCAACGUUCACUACGAGUUCAUCAAAAGGGCAAAAGCAAUCGUCUUUGUCAUCUCUGGAGCUCAUGUAGACGAUGAUGUCUCGCAAAUCGACUUGGCCGAUGCCGCACGAACAAUGGCAGACGAGCGACCGCAGAUCAUAGUAGCUUGCUGCAACCUCCAAAUCCAGAACCUCCACGUCGACCACUUUGCUACGCUUGUGCAAAUCACAGGCUACUCGCCAUCUGAGCUAGAAGCUGCUGCUUCCAUCAUCUUUGACGACGUUCGUCCACCUACCAUCAGCUCAGUUCCCGUACAAAACCUCAUCAUCGCCCCAAGAACUUGGGAUGUCGAAGUCUGCGGUAUAGACAUGGGCCCUAUCCAUCAGUUGUGGACGGAAUGCCUUCCACCCAAAUUUCAUCUUCCGCAGUACCAGCUUGUCCUGCUCCUCCAGAGAGAUGGCUUUUCCAGGCACUAUGUCGUGCGCGAACCAGAAAACAAGCAGAUUGUGGGCUUCUGCGCUACAUUUACCACGUAUCCAGAUGGGGGGCAAGAGAAUCUGCUCGGCUCGGUAGCCGUAUUGAUUGUCAAGAACUCAUAUCGCGGAAGAGGUGUCGGAUUAACACUACAUAACUAUGCCCUUAAACAGCUCCAGAGAACCCGAGGCGUCAACAGGCUGCAACUGGGAUCAGCCUUUCCGCGUCUCUUGUACGGCGUGCCGUCUGAUUUCUUCUCACGAGACUGGUUUUCACGACGAGGCUGGAAUAUGGAUGGGUUCCAGCCUGGCCAAGGACAGGAGGUCUCAGACUGGCUCCUCAAAUUCGAAGACAUGCCCGCAAAGAGCUUUUCGUCAGCUGGACUGACUUUCAGGCGAUGCGACAUGAUGGAGUACCACCAGGUUCUAGCAAUUGUCAGUCGAGACGUGGCUCGCAAAGAUAAUAUGGGAUGGUACGACCAAUACUGCAACCUGGACGGCACACCUCACAUUGAGGAUGUCGUCCUCGGUCUGGAAGGUGACACUAUCGUAGCUGUUGCUUUGACCUAUAUUCCCAAUUCUGGGAGUCCAGCCGGCAACGACCUGCCGUGGGCGAAAGCCAUUGGCGCGGAUGCGGGGGGAGUUACCUGCAUUUGCAUCAUAGAUGACCAUCCCGAAAUGGUGAACAGCCGGGACUCUGUGAUGAUCAGGCUGCUCGAUAUGUGUGUCAAGUUGUUGGCUGAGCAAGGCAUGCGACAACUGUUCAUCGACGGCAUGAAGGGAGGGGACGACGGUUUCCAAUCUCUGGGUUUCCGACAAUGGGCGCGGUACAAGGAAGUUUGGCGAAAGGUUUAA